AUGGUCUCCUUGCAGGCCUGCCCAGGUAAUAAGGGAACAGACCCGUCCACUUCAAAGCCGGCUGGCCUGACUGAGAUACUGCUGGGCUCCGUAGAGCGAAAUGAGGAUAGCCCCUCCAACGUACAGGGGCUGGACACUGUGGAGACCGUCUCUGAGCCAUUUGUGAGUGAGGUGUCUGAAGAAAGAGUCGUCCUUCAGCCAGAAACACGCGAAACACAAGGUGGCCUCGAGGAUCAGCUAGCUGACAACAUGGCUGUUUCUGAUGACGACACGGCUGUUUCUGAUGACGACACGGCUGUUUCUGAUGACGACACGGCUGUUUCUGAUGACGACAUGGCUGUUUCUGAUGACGUCACGGCUGUUUCUGACGACGAGUCGGCAGCCCAGGCUACGGAGGAGCUCGAGGCGGUGGGCAGCAAGCUGAACACACUGCGCGAGUUGCUGAACCUCGCUUAGAUGCGACAUCUAACGACAUAAUGUAGAACUGCAGAUUGAAACUUAUUCAUUUGGUCUUUAAACAUGUUCAUCGAUAUCGUUAACCAACCAGAGAAACAUCAUCAAAUCGGCUAAGCAGCGACAUCCAACGACAUGAUGUAGUACUGUAGAUCUAGACUUCCAUCAGUUUUCAAGCAUAUCGUUUGGUGACAAAAUAGUAACCAACCAGCAAGACAUCACCAAAUUGGCUAGGCAAUAUAAACUUGUCUGGCGUAUUUGAUAGAUCCCCUUGUAGAUGAAAUCCAUUAUACACUGAAACAUGUGGUGUCGACCUUUUGUUCUUUAAAAGUGAUGGGUGUAAUCUGGAAUCAGAUUUAGGAUCCUACCUCAGCGUUUUGGUCGCAUUUUUCCUCUUUGGAGAAGGCGAAGAACAGAACCGAAAUAUGUAUCGUACCUUCAACGAUGUGUGAAAAUAUUGAACAAAAUACAUGUAAAGCACGACUGUAGCCUGGUAU